CGAGGGCUUGUAGAAAUGGGCUGAAGCUUGGUUUAAAAUGUGUGAACUAUGAACCCUACUUACUGCCCCCAACAAUUAUUUUUUUCCCUUUCUGGGUUCUAAGACAAAUCAAUGGUUGGAUGAAUACUACUACAUCAAUCCAAAUCUAGCAACAGAUGGCCUUCGGCAUCAGCUUGCUGGCAAAUGCAUGCAAAUAUGAGAGGGUAUGACGCGGCAGGCCCCUGUAUCAGUAUCGCCCACAAUAAUGCUUCCCUCUUCUUUCUUUUCUUUGUGUGUGAAUUGUGAUGUCCCAUGUGAGCAAGCCUCGAAGAACUCCAAUUCUCAACCAUAAAAUAGUCGAGGCUUUGCCGACUUCCUGCCAAUACCCCCAGUUUUGGUGGUGUUAUCUGUCUGUCACAGAUAGGAUGUGGGUGUAAGAAAUAAAAUUUAUCCAUUCACGUACCCGCAUUGAGAUGAUAAAGUUCGGUCCAAUUAGGCGACAGUUAUAAAGAUAUUAAUGUCACAUCAUUUUGUGAUAUUUUUUCAAUAUAAAAUCUGAUUAAAAGUUGUCAUUUUUUCUUUGAGAAUCAUUGAGGAUUUGCCAGCCCUCAAGAGUCUACUGGCUAGAGGUGUGCCAUGUUCGAGUCUUGGCUUUUGAUUGGCUUUCUUUCUUGGGAAAACAAAAACAGAAACAGAAAUUUAACUAAGCCCAAUUUGGACAAUUAUGUUAUGCAGAUCAAGUUGGGUAAUAUAUCUUGUCGCUUCUGAUAAAGAGAAUGUAUGAAGAUAGAGGCUUCCUGAUGCUUCUGUGAGCUCCAUUCUAAGGGUUUUCUUCUAUCACCUCCAGGUUUAUGAGUUUAUGCCCCAGUGAAAUGGUUCACGCAAUUCAUGGCUGGAUUUUGGCUUUGAGUUCUCUGCGAGUCAUGGGAGUAGUUUUGAAGCGUGAUUAAGAUGGCUACUUAUGUUAUAGCAUAGAGAUAGAAAGAUGAGAUCUUUGAGCACAGUAGGAGUUGGAUUGAGUGUCAUUUUUGGGUGCCUUGCAUUGGCUCUUGUGGCUGAGAUUUACUACUUGCUUUGGUGGAAGAAGAGGAGAAUCACCAACCAGUCCAGAAGAGAGUCCUUCUGUACGUUCUUCUGGAAGAGGAAGCGGGCGCCGCCCUCGACGGCGGCCAUUGCCGCCGCCCAGGAGCUAUGUUCGUCGGUGGCAAUAGCAGUGGAAGAGCCACAGCCCCUCCUUUAUGCCCCCCAUCCAAAUUGGCCCAAAACCCUCCAAGAAAAUGAUGCAGACUCUCAACUCCCUAGGCUGCAACCAAGAUUUCUCUUCACCAUCAAGGAAGAAUCAGAAGAAGAUCUAGAAUCAGACGAAAAUGGAGAGGAAGGGUCGCGAAGUAGAAGCUUGAAUGAGCUGUUACUUCUCACGGUGGAGACUCCAUUUGUGACCCCUCUAGCUUCACCCUCAUAUUUUACUCCUCCCCUUACCCCAAGCAGCCGCCACCACCACCACUACCAGCAUGGAUUCAGCCCUCUUUCUAGAUCACUAACUGACGCGGAGUUCAACAGGAUGAGGUCUUCACCACCCCCAAAGUUCAAGUUCUUGAAAGACGCUGAGGACAAGCUUUACAGAAGAAUGCUGAUGGAGGAAGCUGAGAAAGAGCAGCUUCACAUGAUUGAUGGGUCCGGUCAAGGAGCCAAAGCUGAUGAAUUCAUCACUCUAAUUGUUGCAAAGAACAAAGAUUCAAGCUCUUCGCAGGUGCUUCCUCUUCCAUCUUCUCCUCCAACUUUCAGACCACCCAUCAUCAACAAGAAACCCGUUUCACAUCAUCAGAUCAGCUCCAUCAAGUGAUUUAGAAUGUUGGUUUAUACAAUGUAUCUUUAUGCUUCAAUGAGUCUACUUGAAUUUUUCAGUGCAAGUAUACGAGUCAGUACUGCUAUUUUUUAGGUAAUUAAUAUAUGAAUUAAGCCCCUAUGCAACUUUGACUA